CCCAGGUCGAUGGAGUAUGCAGACGUUCCUGGUGGAUGUAUCUGUCUGUACGGCAAGCACGCGUCCAUUUGCACCUUCCUCCACUUCAUCGCCCUCUAGUGUGGGUUACCCUGUCACACCUCGUCUCUCCGUCAUCCUCAACCACUGAAACAAGAAAUAUUCUUGGGCUUUCACCCAAAUAGAUAUCUCGAUCCGCUGGAAUUAUGCCGCCCAGGUACAGACACUGGUCCUCAGCCCGCAGCAGUAAGAGUAGCCAACAAAGCUCCGUAUCCAGACGAGUACCCGGCCGUCGCCCACUUUCCCUGUCGUCAACAAGCACUUUACAAGCCUCAAGCGACUCUCAAUUGCCUGUGUUGGACGAUUCCCGACAUUCGUACAGCAGCCCUUCCCAGCCACGUCUCCCUGAACUCCAGUUAGAUGAUGACACGUUCGAUGAAGUCAUUAUGGCUGUAGAUCUGCAACGCCGCGGAACGGUAGGGUGCAGCUAUUAUGUUGUACGCGACGAAAAGCUUUACUGCAUGGAAGAUAUUCAAUUGGGCGGGGUUGAUAUCGUGGAAGCCUUCUACAUUGACCCUACCGUCAUUAUCAUCUCGACUAAAGUGACCGAUGCUGUUGUCCAUCAACUCGAUCCCGAUGCCGGAAACUUCACUCUCGAAGAUCAGGAUCGUGAGUCAGAGUGGGCCGAAUUCUUUCCCGGAACAGCUCUGACAAUACCAGAUCACCAAUAUCGAUUGCCGUUCAUAUUGGAACAGCGGCCGCCUAGCGAAUUCUCAUAUGAAGCGGCGAAAACCAAGAUAUCUCACCUAGCCCUUGAGGGAGACCCUCAGUUGCGAUGCAACUUUGUCAUGACGGGUGAUAAGAUUCUCAGUGACGCUGCAGGUGAUGGCGAAGCGAACACCGGCCAACAGAGUUGUUUACUUCGACUGGCUGGCUUGAUCGAUCUCGACAGUAAUCUGACAAUUGGUUGUGCUGGUGCACUCCUCUCGUACCUGCAACGGAGACGCGCCGCAGCAUAUCUUCCAGGGGGCAUUGAUACCCAGCACGUGUUUCGUGUUUCUACAGUCGAGAUGUUUAGUCUCAAAGAGACCAUGUUUGUCAAUUCUGACACACUGCAUUGUCUACGAAUACUGGAGAACGAAUCCCACCCAAACUCACAUAACCAAGGACCUGGUAAAAUACCUUCAGGAUCCAAAGAAGGCUUGUCUGUAUAUGGCUUGUUCCAUCAUCUCGCUCGAACACCCCAAGGAAAACACCGUCUGCGGCAGAUCUUCCUGCGACCCAGCGUGAAUCUCGAUGUGAUUGAGGAUCGACUAGAGAUUAUUCGUACAUUCAUUCGUCCAGAGAAUUCAGAAGCUAUGAACACACUUUCUGAGAGCUUAAAGGCUGUUGGUAACAUGCAUGUUAUAGUUUCCAGUCUGAAAAAGGGUGUUGGAGGCGCUGGUUUCCCUGGUAAAACUGGAGGGCCAUCCAACACAUUAUGGUCCCGGUUACAGCGGUUCACGUUUUUUGCGCUCAGCAUUAGUGAUGCCAUUCGAGAAAUCAAUGGUGGAGCACACUUGCCAAUCGUGAAAAAGGUCCUUGAGCGAAUCGAGAGACACCACUUGGCCAACGUUGGCAAACGCAUCAGUGACCUGAUUGAUCUUGACGCGUCUGCUGAGGAAUCGAGAACGAUCAUCAAGGCAGGAGUUGACGAGGAGCUCGAUCGCAUGAAGCAUGUGUUCGAAGGCCUUCCUUCAUUACUUUCGGAAGUUGCCCGUAAAAUUUCAGAGAAGGUGCCUGCCAGCCUACAAACCUUCCUGAACGCCAUCUAUUACCCGCAGAUUGGAUUUCUUGUCACUGUUCCACUCGAGCGCACCACAGGUGAGGCAGUCUAUGCUGGUAAUUUCGAUAAUCCAUGGGAACAGAUAUUCAUGACUGAGGACCAAGUUUAUUACAAAACCGAUGAAAUGAGGGAAAUGGACGACCACUUCGGUGACUUGUACGGUAUGAUAUCAGAGCGUGAGAUCGACAUUAGCCAUGAAUUGGCGCAAUACAUACUCGGGUACGAGGAAGUUAUCGUACAGGCAUCAGAUAUUCUCGGCGAGCUUGACAGUCUCCUUGCAUUAUCUCAAGGUGCUCAGACCUACAACUUACAUUGUCCGAAUAUGACCCAGGACAACCUGAUUGAUAUCAAAGGAGGGAGACAUAUCCUUCAAGAAUACGCGUUAUCGGCGAAAUUCGUACCGAAUGAUACCUUACUGGUUGGUGGACUAGGCCCCAGAGAAUCGAGUCCUCAUGCCGGGGGGACCUCCAGCCGUCGCUUUCCAACGGACGAGGCGGAUUGCCCGAGCAUGUUGAUACUCACUGGACCGAAUUACUCCGGAAAAAGCAUAUAUCUGACACAGGUUGCGCUGAUUGUGUAUUUGGCACAUAUUGGGAGUUUCGUGCCAGCGGAAAGUGCGACAAUCGGAAUUACCGACAAGAUACUGUCUAGGGUAUCGACCCGAGAAACGGUUUCACGCUCUCAGAGCACCUUUAUGAUAGAUCUUCAGCAGAUGUCACUAGCUUUGAACUUAGCAUCCCGUAGGAGCUUGCUCAUCGUGGAUGAAUUUGGAAAGGGUACCGACUCCAGCGAUGGAGCAGGGCUUGCAGCUGCGAUCUUGACACAUCUGCUUGGCCUAGGAGCUGAUAGCCCCAAAGUGCUAGCAGCAACCCAUUUCCACGAAAUUUUCGAGAACAACUUGCUGCCACAAAGCCCUCAGCUUGCGUUUGGACAUAUGGAAGUUUGCGUCAACGACACCGCUGCUGAGCCAGAGGACCAAGUCACUUAUCUGUACAACUUUCGUGAUGGCCGUAGUAAUUCGAGUUUCGGUGCUUGCUGCGCAGCCAUGAACGGUAUUCCCGUUGAGAUAAUAUGUCGGGCAGACGAUUUGAUUGCGAUGGCAAUUAGAGGGGAGGACCUUGUAGCAGCAUGCGCGAGUAUGCCUGUUGCCGAGGCCGAAGAGUUGAGGGAGGCUCAGAUGGCUCGAGAGUUUCUCGAACAAGAGAUCUUUGGUGAUCCCAAAGCAAAGUUGGGCGAGAUACUGAAGUUGCCGAGUAAUCAUUUUACAAAUACCUAA